AUUCAAUGAUUAGCUUUUUGUGCUCUCAUUCCGGAUACUCUUUAGAAUUCAAAUUCUCGCUCCUGAAGAAGAGGAAAAAAAAGAGGAGCAUCUAAAAUCUGUUACAGAUGAAAACAUACAAAAUGUGAAUUCCAUUCUGUUGAGAAGACGAUGACUUUGGUUCGGUUUAUCAAGAAUUCCCGAAACAAUGACACUCUGAUUGCUGGUGAUUUCAUCUUCAGACGGAACAAGUGUAGAGAUGAAAAGGUUUACUGGAAGUGUAGGAAAACCGCUUGUCCAGCAAAGAUCACGACUCACAAUGGUAAAGUGAUGGGUCACUUUUUGAAACACAACCAUGAUGAUACUAAUCAGGAAGAGAUAACUCGCCUGGAGGGUUUAUCACCGCCAACAAAUUACCAGCAAAUAGCCCAAGAUGAGGAACAAGUCACUCAAGUAAUAGUCAGCACAGGAGAACCUUUUGGAGAAUAUUCUUUCAACAGUUCGGGAAGUAGUUACAUCGAAACCUCUGGUGAAGAAGCUCAAUUACAACAACAAUCAAUCAAUCCACAAUUAGAAGCGAGUACAAGUAUAGCAAAAGCUUCAACAUCUUCAUCCCUUCAAUCAGCUGUUAAAGAGAUUAGUGAAUCACAGAAGAAGAUUGAAGAAUUGGUUAACAAUUUAAUCUCAUCAACGGAAAGUGAUUCCCUUCAGACGGAAAAUCUUAGAUUAAAAGCUGAACUGGAGGAAGUGGUUCGCACUUGGUCAGCUGAAAUGACCGAUAAAGAGAUGAGGUUACAAGAGGAGACCAGAAAAUCUGAGGCAAUCCAACGUGACCUAGAAUUACAGUUAAAUGCUGAAAGAGAAGAGAAAACUAAAUUAGAGAUGGAAAAUGAACAAUUGAAACAAUUAAUUCAAUCCUAUGAGAUGCAGGAUAAAGAGGAGGAAGAUCAACAAACUUUCACAUUGGAAGAAGUGACUGAACAAUUGUGCCAUCAAGAUGAUGUGUAAUUAGCACCAUAGAGAAGCGAAAAAAAAACUCCUGUAAAUUAAGAUUCUUAGAAUAUAAUCAACCAACUACAAUCAAUAGUAAUCGUAAUUCGGACCAGAUUUUCCUCUUUCCAAUUAGAAUCACUAAUCAUCUUCACCAUCAUCAUCAUUUGUUUUCUCUCUCUCACCUUUGUUACAUCUCAAGUAUUCUCAGUGUGAAAAAAAAGACCAAAGAUAAUUAACUUGAUCACCAUACUCAUCAACUUUAUCAAAGAAUCUCAUAGAUUAUUAUCUCUCUAUUUUUAAUCGUAAUCAACUGACGACAAUUAACUUGGUGAAGAUGAUCCAUUCUCGAUUGUGAAACCAAUUCCAUUCAAUCAUUUUGGAAAAUGGAUUCUAUAUCCUUCAUCAUAUUACAUAGAUACCAUAUUAACACUGAUGACAAUUAACUUAAUCACUUGGUCUCUAUUUUUACUAAAUUUUUAAUUUAUUUUAUUGUGAUUUCAGGAAAAACGAAAAUAAUUCAAUUAAAUGUAAACCAAUAUUGAAACAAAA